UAUUGACGCCUAUUAUGAAGGCGAUGAAUCAGGCGAAUAAGGCAGGCAGUGAUACAGACACCUAUAGCAGUGCUGCGCUAGCCCAGCCAAACGCUUCCGCCACAGGACCUCUCAGGACCCAGUUGUGACAGGUUUUCAAGAUGGCGGCGCCCCUGUAUCGGUGCUGCGCUCGGUUGCGGUGCCUGACCUUGUCAGUUCCCGCCGCCAGGUAUCACGCAAGGCCGAGGGUUUGGGGCCUGGGCGGGGUGUACAGGCCGGACCCGAAUGACCCGGAUACAAAGCAGUGGCAUAAGGGAGCCAAGUACGAGGCCAAGCUGUACGGCAGGCACGGAGACCUAUCGGGGGUGAAGCCGGAGGGGCUAUGGCCGAGCCCGGAGAAGCUGCGGGAGAUAGAGGAGGAGGAGAGGGAGUGGUGCCCGAGUCUGAGGGACAUGCUGGAUAAUGUGGAGGCCAAGGAGCGGGAGAUUGAGCGGAAGAAGCAGGAGAAGGAACGUUUAAUAGCGGCCAACCUGGCCAAGAUGCCGAAGAUGGUGGCCGACUGGCGCAGGGAGAAGCGGGAGGCCAAGCAGAAGCAGCGCGACGAGAAGGCUCGCAAGGAGCGGCUCAUGGCUAUCGCCCGCGACAAGUUCGGCCUCAACGUGGAUUCCCGGAGCCCCAAGUUCCAAGAAAUGGUGAAGGAAUUGGAAAAGGAAGAGAAAAAGAAACAGAAAGCCAUGAAAAGGAGACUGAAAGAGGAGGCUUUGGCGGCAGCUCCAACGGCGGCAGUGGCACCCGGUUCCCCCACUGCAGGAAAUCCCUGAGGUACCACAGGUAGCCCAGCCAUGUGCCCAGUCAUGUGCCUGAGGGCUGAACUGGGGGGCACGCAGGAUUCUGAUUGGUACAGCAAGGCCUUAUCUCUAGCGGUGCCGCUCAGGAACUGGACUGUGAGUGGGAGGUGAAGGCCAAUAACAACCUUAUUGUGUAAUGCAGAGGGGUAAAUGGUUUGGCCCCUGAGAUAUGGCAGUCAGGCCCCUCCGUAUGUUAGUGGACUUGCACUUAUGUUUUCUAAUAAAUAUCUGUA